CCGUUAUUAGUAUUUUUGUCUCUUUCCUACACGAGCUUGCGUUGACGAAAAGGUACACAACGAUUGAAAACAUUAACUUCGUCAUUUGUGCAAGACAAAGCAGCGUCUGAAAGUUGUAGCUGAUAUUAUUUAAGAGACUCAUUCAACUAAAAACUUAACGAAAUGACUGGACGUGGAAAAGGUGGUAAAGGUUUAGGAAAAGGAGGCGCAAAACGCCAUCGUAAGGUGCUACGUGAUAACAUCCAGGGCAUCACAAAGCCGGCCAUUCGCCGUUUGGCACGUCGUGGUGGUGUAAAACGUAUUUCUGGUUUGAUUUAUGAAGAAACUCGUGGUGUCUUGAAGGUAUUUUUGGAAAACGUUAUUCGUGAUGCCGUCACCUACACCGAGCACGCCAAGCGUAAAACGGUCACCGCUAUGGAUGUUGUAUACGCCUUGAAGCGCCAAGGUCGCACCCUCUACGGUUUUGGCGGUUAAAAAUUUUGACGCAAUUCUGAAUGUAUUAAAUAAUCCGUAAGGGUGACCAAUUUACCCAUCAAAUAUUAACUUUACUAUGAAUUUUAAUGAUUAGAUGUUCUUGCUUAUUACAAACAAAAUGCACAUUAAAGUGAAAUAAACGUACUAUUCCAUUUAUUGAAACGCUACAAAA